UCUGCUUGGUUGUGGACUACCCGGUUCAAUUUCAUGCUCGGAUAAAGGUCGAUAAAGAUCGUUGUUUGCAUCUCGAUGUUCCACUCCCUGUUAAACUAACGCACUUCGAUUUCACACAGCUACAUUUCAUGAUCCAUAUGGCCAUGGAGAAAAAAGACACGAAUUCGGACGCCAAAGGGAAAGUACGCCGAUACUUUAUCGAUUCCUACGAUUUGUACGAAAAUCUGUUCACCUCUCUCAAAGACGAGACGGUAUUUUACAAGACCCCAGAUGUGCUUCGUUUGCCGCUGAUUUUUUACUACGGGCACACAGCUGCAGUCUACAUYAAUAAACUAAUACUAGCAGGUUUGCUUGAGGAAAGAGUGAAUCUCUAUUUUGAUACACUGUUUGAGACAGGUGUAGAUGAAAACUCAUGGGAUGAUACGGACAAUUUUCGAAUGGGUGGUAAGUUAAUUUGGCCAUCUGUCAGAGAAGUACAGAAAUACAGAGAUGAUGUAAAGAAGACCAUACUGAAGCUGAUUGACACUAAACCAAUGGACGUCCCUGUCACUCAAGACAGUCCCUGGUGGUCUCUUUUCAUGGGAAUUGAACAUGAAAGGAUUCAUUUCGAGACAUCUUUAGUUCUGUAUCGUCAGCUGCCGAUUAAAUAUGUCAGUAGGCCAGAUAACUGGGUAUAUGGACCGCUAACAGCAGAUCCACCUGUUACCAAAAACUCGAUGCUGAAGGUGCAAUCCUGCACAGUUACAGUAGGAAAACCACGUGACUUUCCCUCGUAUGGAUGGGACAAUGAGUAUGGAGAAUGGACCGUAAGGGUACCCGAGUUCGAAGCCAGCAAAUACCUUGUUACAAACCGUGAGUUUCUGGAGUUUGUCGAGGCUGGUGGAUACGAAAACAAAACCUACUGGUCGGACGAAGGUUGGAAAUGGCGCUCGUUCCGCAAAGCUAAGCACCCAAGCUUCUGGGUUUGUAACCAGGCCUGCAAGAGCGGAUGCGGAAAUGAUCUUGCUGAUUAUUCACAUUGUUGCCUAGCAACCAGUGACAAUGACAUCAAUGGGAAUGAAUACCACUUACAGUACAAAUACCGUGGUAUUUUUGACGUGAUUGACAUGCCUCUAGACUGGCCAGCAGAAGUGAACUACUUUGAAGCAAAAGCCUAUUGUGCCUGGAAAGGACCUGAGUACAGAUUACUUACCGAAGCAGAGCAUCAUGCCAUAAGAGGACCACAGAGCCCGAUUACCACGGGAACGACAUGUGACUUCAUACACCCGGAAGAUUUCAAAGCAAAUAUCAACAUGAAAUAUGCAUCGUCAACGCCCGUAAACAUGUUCCCAGCCAAUGAAAAAGGCUUCCAUGACGUGUUCGGCAACGUGUGGUGUUGGUUGGAGGACAAGUUCAACGGAUUGCCUGGUUUUGAACCACACUAUCUUUAUGUGGAUUUCUCGACUGUGAAUUGUGACGGAAAGCAUGGAAUAAUGGUGGGUUGCUCAUGGGCGUCAACUGGAAGAUUUGCAUCUCGCUUUGUAAGAAGUUUUUUUCGUCCGCACUUUUUCCAACAUGUUGGUUUUCAUGUUGCGAAAUCUGUCAACCCCGCCCCUCCCCCUGUGCGCCUUGUCAGUACUGAUGUCUACACACUUGGAAUAGGCGUGGAUACGAGCCGCAUCAAGAUACCAGGAAUAGAUGAAGGCAAAGCUAUGCAUCCAAGUGCUAACAAACAAUAUGUCAUUGACACUGACGAAUUUCAUCGUAAGGAAAUCCUUAAACAGUAUGGAAACAUGCUGAAUGACCCGUUUACAGAUGUGUGUUUGGAGUACGUUAGCCAAUGCAACAGUGGAACAGGGUUGGCGUUAAGCCUUUUAUGUUCUGUAGGACGACAAGCCUUCGAGCUUUCUAAGCAUUUUGAUAAGGUUUUGGGAAUCGAUUACAGCGCUCGUCUCGUUGACACUGCUCUGAAACUCCAGAAAGAAGGGAGAGUAAAACUAACAGAUUACGAUUCCUCGGUGUACAUCCCUGACAAAUCACGUGCAGAAAGAAUUACGUUCAAACAGCUCUCAUGGCUACCUAAUGAAGUAGGUAGUUUCAAUUUAGUUGCUUUCAGUGGCCUCGCCCGUCUCGUUUGUCCCAAAGCCUGGUUAGUACGCAUGCGUGAAAUAGUAAAACCUCAGGGACUGCUAAUAAUUACACCAUGUGAGGACUGCGAUGCGGAGAAAAUUGCAGAAUAUCUAGGAAAUAGGUUUACUUUGAUAGAGAAGAUAAAAAUUAGCAUUGAACACGGCAACGACGAAGACAUGCAUGUGCGUGACAGCUGUCAAUCAAACGUCUUGAUAUGGACACGACAUUAAAAAAUGCGGUGUGUGGUUAUUUCAAUAAAGAUUGAAAACUUACAAA